UUUACGCCUUUUUGUAGCAGCUUAACCGUUUUGUUGAAUGGUUAAAGCGAGCCCUAUUACACUUUCAGAAAAAUUAGAUAUUUGGAUGUUUGGUUAUUUAUAAUUUGUUUUUUAAUCUAGUUCGUAAACUGUGAACCCAUCACUUAAAAAUGACCAAAGAGGAAGUAAGUGAAGACGUGUUGUACAAAACACACACUGCCAUAGAGAAGCUGUCAGAUGGCAGUUGUGUCAAACGAGUGACGAUAACUAGGAAUGGAAAAUCUGAAGUAAAAGAAGAAAAGGUAGAUUGCGAGUCUGCACUCAAUGACGCGAGAGGGACAGACGGCAAAGACGAGGUUGUAUUCAAACAAAACAAUGACGAUUUCGAUAAGAAGAUGAAAGAAAAAUUAAGCGAAAUUAAUAAAAGUUUUUCUACCCAAAACGAGCCUACUCUGUCAACUAGAGAAGAAACAUAUACUGAUGGAACCAACAAGACGGUAAAAGUAACUCGCGAAAGCAGUUCCAUAGAAGAAACCAAGAAAACAGAGAAGAUACCUGAUGGUACCAAAAGAUCCUUAAAAAUAACACGAGAAAGCUUUCUCGAAGAAACUAAGAAAAGCGUUAGUCCAGAAUCUGUAUUACCUGAGGACUUAAAAGAACGAGUCAACAUUCUGGACGAGAGCUUCAAGGAGCAGGCAAAUGAAGGAUCAGAAGGUGCGAGUUCUGAAAAAAUAGAACCUGAUGGAGCAGUACAAGGGAGUACUAAUGGCACUGAACUAUCUAAGGGCGAAAAGUCGGGAGCUUUGAGAGAAAUAGAGGAAUCAGAUGGUGACCUACCGGAAUCGGACGAAGGGGCUACAAACGAAAAUAUGGAACUAGCAGAAUCUGAAGACAACUUCCUUACUAAGUUUGUGAAAACAGUUUUUAAAAUAUUAUUUUAUCCCUUAUAUGCAUUAAAUAUUUUGUAAAAUUUCAAGUAGGUACAGUAUUUGGCGAGUUAUUAUAAAAAUGUAUAAUUGAUUCACAGGGUCAAAUUUAGAUUCCCUUACACUAGCAAUGCAGACAUAUAUAAUCAGGUCUUAGACUGGUCUUAACUAAUCAUGGUGGAAGAGAUAAAAUAUAAUACUUAACCAAUGGUUCUUUGAGGUGUAAUAAUAUAGAGACACAUAAAACUGUGAAUAGUAAUUUUC